AUGUCUAUUUCUUCUUCUCGCUCUUCUCGAAUUGCUGCAGAAUCAUCCAAGGUUCUCGACCAUGCUUACAUUGCCGCAGCAUCCUCCAGCCGGUGCAGAGCGCCUUGCCCCGCCUUGAACGCCCUUGCAAAUCAUGGAUAUAUCUCCAGAGACGGUCAAGGCAUCGCUUUUUUUGACCUCAUCAGAGCUCUUGUACAUGUCUACAACCUUUCCAUCCCGCUCGCCCUUCUUCUUGCCCUCCCUGGCUACCUUCUUUCUGGAACCUUCCAUUUCAAAGGCUGGCCGUGGCAGUGGACUUGGGUGCUGAGUCUGGCGGCCCUUUCAGACUUUGGCGCCUCCAAACUCGCGCACCGAGCCUCUCUCGUUCACGUAAACCAUCCUUCUCACUGUCCUGACUCUGAGCUCCUCGACGCCUUGCUCAGUGUCUCUCCUUCCGGACUGUCCAUACGUGACUUUGCGAUGGUCCGUGUCAAACGCGAGGCCGCGCUUGAUAAGCCGAUGAAUUGGUGGCAUGAGCAGGUUGCCCUAGGCGAGAGUGGACUGUCGUGGUUGUUAUUCCGCGAUGGUAGCGAUGGCACGGCUACUGUGCCGGUGGAGAGGUUGAGGCAGUUCUUUGGUCAAGAAAGGCUUCCUGACGGCUGGUGGGAGCAUGUCAGGCCGCAGCAGCCAAUUGGCCUGCUUGCGGCGAGGAGAGUAGCAAAUGAGGUGCAGAAGGAUAUGACGGUUAUCCGAGGCACCGAGUCAGACUAG